AUGCCUUCGUUGUCAGGUUUCACAGACAACUCGUUUCUGAACCGUUCUGAUAUAGCGACAGCUGCAAAAGCUCUCGUUCGCCCCCUCGAAAGUUAUCGCUCUGAUCAAGGUGCACGCGUUAAGAUUCGACCAGCAACAGUGGCGGGUUUUGAUGAUGUUGCCGCGCAGCUUGAAGGGUUUUCAAGACCGUUGCUGGCCAUCGGAGCCUUUAUCAACGACGAGAGGGACAACUUGGUUCUUCUGAGAUGGAUGAGGGGAUUAGCAGCGGGCGUUAAUCCCGGUGGCGUGGAAUAUUGGGGGGACAUGACGGAUUUUGACCAGCGGAUGGUCGAGACAGAGUCGAUUUGUCUCGCCCUCCUCACUGCACCAGACCAUCUACUGCCUCUACUAGAUGACAAGGCAAAAAGCAACCUAAAGGCGUGGAUGUCGCAAAUAAACCAGCACGACAUGCCACCAAACAAUUGGCGUUGGUUUCGAAUCUUUGUCAACUUGACACUCGUGAGACUCUUUAACGUGCCAAGGAGCGAGGUCAGAGCCAUCAUGGACGCAGAUUUUGACCUCCUGGACUCUUUUUAUAUCGAGGACGGGUGGUCCAGCGACGGGAAGUGGUCCCAGGAAAGAAAACAAGCUGAUUACUAUUCGGGAAGCUUCGCGAUGCAAUUUGCUCAGCUGAUGUACGUGAGGUUCGCAGUCGAAGAUGACAGCCGAGUUGAGAGAUACACUCAGCAAGCAAAAGAAUUUGCUACGAACUACUGGAGAUACUUCAAUGAAGAUGGAGCUGCUAUCCCAUUCGGGCGAAGCUUGACCUACCGUUUCGCCUUUAGUGCUUUCUGGGCUGCCGCAGCUGUGGCAGGGAUUGAACUACCUAACCCGGUCCAUGAGUUGGGAGCAGUCAAAGGGCUAGUCCUGCGCCAUCUCAGAUGGUGGUCUAAACAUACCGACAUCUUCAGUUCGGACGGUAUCUUGAACAUUGGCUUCACCUACCCCAAUAUGUACCUGUGUGAAGACUACAAUUCGCCACAAUCUGUAUUCUGGUGCUUGAAAACUUUCGUGGUCUUAAGUCUACCAGAGAAUCAUCCAUUCUGGACUUGCGAAGAAGCCCCGUACCCUGGGAGCUCCUUGCAAACGACUCAGCUAAUCAAAGCUCCUCAUCAUAUUCUGAACAACACUCAAGAGCAUCACUACCUACUCUCCUCCGCUCAAAUGACCAACAAGCUACACAAGGCCAAAGACGCGAAAUAUUGCAAGUUUGCGUACUCUUCGGCCUUUGGUUUCAGUGUGCCGACAGGCCCAUCCUUGGCACAGCUGGCUCCCGAUAGUACGUUAUGUGUGAGUAACGAUGAUGGAGACAGCUGGAAGGUCCGGAACAACCCGAUAAACACCUGUGUCGAACGGGUAGUCAUUGGUGGAACAGAAGGACCAGUCUUGACCAGUUCAUGGAGGCCGUGGAAAAAUGUAGACCUCCAAAUUGAGACAAGUCUUAUCCCACUCUCACAAUCUAAUCCAGGUUGGCAUAUUCGAAUACAUCGGAUUCGCUGGGCGCAAGAAGCUGAGAGAACUGUGUUGGCCGAUGGUUUCCAGCUCAUAGACGGAGGGUUUGCGAUCCCGGCAUUCACAGCAGCUGGUCACCACAUUCCUGAAUUGUCUUCAGAAAAUGCUUCCGCUGCUGAAGGAUGCCUGAAGGGAAAUAAGAGUUAUCUUGCCAAAUCCACUUUUGGGGCGGGUGGGAUUGUUGAUCUUACGGAUUCUAUGAGACAGAUGAGUGUAUCUCAAGAAGGGGGUGAUGAGACCAUCGAAGGGCUGGUUGCUAGUGAAGCUCAGAUCUUGAGAGCUGACCCCAACUCAAAUUUAAUUCACCCUCGCACAUUCAUCCCGAUUCUAAAGCAUAAUUCUGUCCCCUCGCGAUGCGAAGAGGUGAACAUCUCUCAGAAGUUACCACUCAAGGAGGCAUGGCUUGUUUCUGGCGUGUUUGCAGUUUCAUUUUCAGAGUAUUGGUCCUGCGAUGUGUCUAAACUAUGGGCGAAUCGGCCCAGGAUAUCAGUCUUGAAUCGCGAGCCGUCUUCUGGGAGCUUGCGCUUUAAAGUCGAAUGA